GUUGUUCAGUGUGCAGUUUUACUUUCAACUUUGAGGGUGUGCUUUUGUCAUUGCGGAAUGUUAUGUACGAUUGUUUGUAUUCUAUUUCUGGCCCUCCUAUUGGCUUUAUAUGUGUGCUACAAAGUUCAGUUUAGUUACUGGUCACGGCGAAAUAUUAUUCCCAGUGUUCCUGGAAAAAUAUUCAGUGGCAAUUUAAUAGAAUUCUUAACCUUUAAGACAAAUUUCGCCUAUCACCUUAAAACCAUCUACGAUGAUCCCCAGUUCAUUGAUGUGCCAGUGGUGGGAGUGUAUGAUCUUUUCAAGCCCAGUUUAUUUAUCAGAGAUCCAGAGCUAAUCAAGUCAGUGCUGGUGCGAGACUUCGAAAGUUUCCCCAAUAGAUUCCCUGAAAUGGACUUGAAUCACGAUCCAAUUGGUGCCCGGUCAAUGUUCUUUACCAAAUAUUCAAUAUGGAAGAAAAUGCGUACAAAACUAAAUCCUUUAUUUACGAGUGCCAAGCUGAAAAAUAUGUACUACCUCAUACAGAAUGUUUGCAAGAAUAUGGAGCAUCAUCUUGACCAACAAGCCUACGUAUAUCGAGUUGAAAUGAAGGAUUUUUGUGCCCGCUAUACUACAGAUAUCAUUGCCACUACUCUUUUGGGAUUCCAAUCGAAUUCUUUGGAAAAUCCUGCAGAAGAAUUGAAUAAGGAGGUGCGCAAAUUGGCCGAUUACAACUGGAGACUUGCCUUUGAUUAUAUGAUUAUCAUAUAUUUUCCCAAAUUGGCAAAGUUUUUCGGCUCAAGAGUGUUGUAUCCUCAAACUGAGCUAUUUUUCCGGUCAUGCGUUCCAAGGGCUAUCGCUGAAAGGGAACAUAGUGAUAAAUGUCGUUUUGAUCUAAUCGAUAUGUUAGUCAAACUGAAAAGAGAGGCAAUUUCGUUGGGAGAGAACAUGAAAGACUUUAUGUACUGUUUAAUUGCCCAAGCUAUGGUAAUGACUGUUGCCGGCUUCGAAACAUCAUCAACAACUAUGGCUAAUGCCCUCUUAGAGUUGGCUAAACAACCUGAUCUUCAAAAAAGGUUAAAAGACGAAAUACGUACAGCAUUUUCCCGGGCGGAUCAGUUGAAAAUUCCCUAUGAGGAUUUAAACAAGCUGGAGUAUAUGGAUAUGGUUGUAUCCGAAACCCUGAGACUGUAUCCAGUCCUUCCGGUGUUGCAGAGAAUUUGUCAAAGGCCACCUGGAAAAGCUGAAUCGUAUUCAUUAAAGCCCUAUUGUGAAUUCUCAAUACCGGAUGGAAUGCCUGUGUAUAUAUCAAUGUAUGGGCUGCACUAUGAUCCCAAGUAUUGGACAAAUCCCACCACUUUUGAUCCAGAACGGUUUUCAGCCGAAAACAAGCAAUCGCUUAAUCCCGGCAUUUAUUUACCUUUCGGCAUGGGUCCUCAUAACUGUAUUGGAGUACGUUUGGGCUUGCUGCAGGUUAAAUGUGGACUACUGCAUUUGUUAAGAAAUCAUCAUGUGCGAGUGUGCGAAGCUACUGUGCUUAAACCAGAGUUUGAGGCGAAAUCAAUUCUUCUACAGCUAAAAGGUGGAGUUUAUUUGGAAAUUGUCAAGGACUGCUUAAGUGCUUAACUAUAAAUAUUGUCUACAUAUAAAAUAGAAUAUAUACGUGAUACUUGAAUACAACCUACAA